AGUGGUGAGCUUUAAAGAAGGAAACGAGCUGGCCAAGCGCUGGCUGUUACCAUGGCAACGUGCACUGGCGCUGGAGUGUAAUUUACAUCUCAGUAAUGUACAUCUAAAUACAAUUUCCUGCUGAAAAUAAAACGACGUGAAGGACUCAUAUUGCUCUGAGGAAAAGAUAGCUGUGGAUAGCUGAUUUCAGCAUGGAGCGUUUGUUGUCCAGGUGAGCUCCUCAGAAAUGUGCAGCCUGAAGUAUCAUCGUUAAUGAUUGCAACAGAUGACUCAUACAAAUGUUCCUGGAGCAGAAAACAUAAUGGCUUCCCAGUGGACUCGUGCAAACAGUGCAGAGAAGGUGGUUCCCCACACCCGGAUUGAGGAUGAAUCCUGCAUACAGAAAAUCUAUUCCUUUGGGAAGAAAUUAGGUCAAGGCAACUUUGGCUUCGUCUGCGAAGCCACUCACAUUGAGACACAGAAGAAGUGGGCAAUUAAGAAGGUGAACAAAGAGAAAGCAGGCACUUCUGGUGUGAAACAUCUGGAAAGGGAAGUUAGCAUAAUGAAACAAGUGAAACAUGAACAUAUUAUACAUCUGGAGGAAGUGUUCGAGACACCAAAGAGGAUGUACCUUGUGACUGAACUUUGUGAAGAAGGUGAUCUAAAACAUCUCCUGCAAAAGAACAAGAGCUUCACGGAGGAGCAGACUAGACAAAUCAUCAAAAACCUAUCUGAAGCUAUUGUUUAUCUGCACAAAAAAGACAUUGUUCACCGUGACCUCAAACUGGAAAACAUUCUUGUCAAGAGUUGUCACCGAGGCAACGAUAAUGAUGUGGUCAAUAUCAAGGUCACAGAUUUUGGACUCUCUGUGCAGAAGGGUGGCGUGGGCAGUGAGAACAUGCUGCAGGCCGCCUGCGGGACGCCCAUCUACAUGGCCCCUGAGGUGAUUAAUGCUCAACAAUACAGCCAGCAGUGUGAUGUGUGGAGCAUCGGAGUCAUCAUGUACAUGCUGCUGUGUGGAGAGCCUCCUUUUAUAGCCAGCUCUGAGGAGAAACUUUCCGAGAUGAUCAUGAAGGGAGAGCUCACUUUCUCUGACCCUGUGUGGCGCACCAUUAGUGAUGCAGCUAAAACUGUAUUGCGGUGUUUGUUAAAAGUUGACCCGGCUCACCGCAUCACAGCCAGAGAGCUGCUGGAUAACCCUUGGAUUUCGGGGGAUACGUCCACCACCACACGCACUAACGUGCUGGAAUUGAUGCGUAUGUUUCGGGACUCACCAGACGAUCAAGAAAGUGUAGAGAUUAGUCAUAGACUGCACGGCCUUUCUGUUAAAUCAACUCAGGACGGAGGAUCAGGGCCUAGAACAUCACAGGAGCUCAUAGGUACCCAAACAAAUCCCGUGGAGGACGUAACGGACAGGAGUGAGCCCUCUGCCCUGAACAAGAAGCCUCUGAAGAAAAAAGUAUCAGUGCCAUCCUCUAAGAAGAGCACAACGCUCGCAAAGGCCUGCAGUUCUCCGAAUCCAAAAUCUUCGCAGUCCCACACAGGUAACAAACCCCCUGCGCAGUCGAGCACAAAGAACUACACCAAGGCCUCCAACUCGGGAUCCUGCGUCAAACCAUCAUCGCCAGCGAAUGCAGUAGCCGUAGCAUCCAACUCAAGCAAGCACGAAAGGACGUCCCCACGCCCCUCCACCGCUUCUAUCCCCCAUUCAACCAAUCCAGGCUUUGGCCUCCGGGCUCAAAAACGCAGCUAGACCUCAUCAGAGACUGGUUGGAUGGGCAUAUUGAGUGCCAAAGGUGAGGAAUGCUUUUCCAGGGAUCCACUGGGCUGUGUUGGGCCUGUUGGAGUGACUUUUAAGCCAGAAUACAACAAAUCAAAAGUAGAAAACUAUACAAAUCAGAACUUUAGCUUCUUUACUCAUACGAAACUGUGACCGUGUUCUGACAGAAAUUUUAAACAAAUUCUUGAAGUAUAAAAUUGUUCUCACACAUGAAAAAAGUCACUUUCAUCAUACAGAAAAAUACAUCAUAAACAUUCCCUAAAAAUUUUCUUUUGUGUUAUGCGGAUAAAAGUAAAGUCAUACAGGUUUAAAACAAAUUAUUUUUAAAGCCUUUUGGGUAAACAACUCAAUUGUAUAUUGCUCUUCUUAUGAAUUGGACUUCUUUUGAGGAUGAUCUAUUAUUUUUUUAUCAGUCUGCCCUCAGACUCGCAGAAUUUAGCUGAAACGGAGGUGAAAGUAAACCGACAUGCUGCUUUAGUUUAAUGGAUGUGGAACAGAUGAACUCAUCACUGUAAAAGCCCUGCAUGGCAUGAUAUCGAUUUGCCUGCUCAUGACAUGUUAGGAAAGGCUCACAAGUCAUCUUGAAGCACAUUGAACUGCUAUUAGAGAAUAAAAAGAAGUUUAUAUUUUUCUUUGAA